AUGGACUUGUGUACAGAAAAUCAAUUCACGUGUAAUUCCGGACAAUGUAUACCAAUUGAAUCGUUUUGCGAUUCCCAUAAACACUGCGGCGACGGCUCUGAUGAACCCGACGGCUGUAAUGCCAGCAUCAAUACGAGCGCCGGCUGUAAGGCACAGGAAUACCAGUGCAAGAAUAGCAGAUGUCUGGCCAGCAGGACAUCCGUAUGCGAUGGUAUCGACAAUUGUGGCGAUAAUAGCGAUGAGAUUGAUUGCAAACCACAACAACAGUCAGCUUUCAAUCGGACGACAACACCGCAGAUGACGGCCUCCAGAAGAGUCGGCUCAGCCAUCAGAUAGUGUGGUCGCAGAUAUUAAUAAUUGACUCCAACAGCCAUAAUAUUGCCACCAAGAAAAAACACAUUACCACAAAAAAUGCCACAACAACUGCACCAACAAAACAAACCUCAAUCCAUACAUCACUUUUUCUCACACAUACAAACACUU